GUGGCCCUAGUUUGAAAAUGACAAGAUCAGAGUACCAAUACAGGUCUUUCCAAAUCCAAAAUGUAUGUUAUAUUAUGUCCUAGGGACACAAUGACAAAUACUCAGACAGUCCCUCCUUCCCUUUAAGGUUAAUGAGAGAAAAGUAGUAAGCAGACAGUGACAAUGUAUCAGCAUUUAGCUGGGGCAUCUAAUCCAGUUUGGGAGAGUUGAACAAUAGAGGUCAAAGAAGCGUUUUUGAAAGAGGUGACCUCUAGGCUGAAUUCUGAAGAACAAGCAGAGGUUAACUAAGUAACAAGGAAAGAGCAGUGUGUCCAAAGAGGAUGAAAGGCAGAAUACCACUGGCCUUGCUGGGUUAGGGUGCAGAACGGUGAGGAGUCGUUGAAAAGUGUUUGGAUCUUAAUCCUGAGGGCAGUGGGGAGUUACACUGCCCCUCUGUAGUCUGCAAGUAUGAUGGUAAUCGUAAGAGAAGGGGUCAAGCUUUCUUCUCCAAGGCUCUCAGCACAUAUCCUGAUUUAUCAUUUGAUUCAGGCAGAGCCAGGGAGACAGAAAAGCAUGUUGUAGUAGGAGUCUUCUAACCUGGAUCUGAUCCUGGUCUUACCAUUCCCGAAAGGCUGUGACCCCUUCCACACCACAUCCCCCAUUUAGGUACUUGACCCCUUUAGGCUCUGAUCUUCUCUUUGGUUAGAUCAGUUAUGGUCUAAUUGGUUAUGAUAAUUUUUUUUAAAAAAGCCUUACAACCUUUUAAUAGGAGUAGUAAGAUCUGGUCUCCCUACCUCAGGUAGAGCUUGUUCUUUGUUUCUGCAGAUAAAUAAACAGUUUAUCAGAAACCAAGUUGCCUUUAGGGCUGGUCAUGUUCUUACUUGAGAAUGUUAGACCCUAUAUUGUGAAAAAAUGCAGUAUUUUCCGGAGACUAAAAGAAGUUCUUAAAUAAGAAAAAUCAGUGUUGUCAAUUUUUAUAGCUACUGUUAGAAAACAGUUUUUGAAAUACAUUUCUGGAAUUGGGCUGGCAGGAGCAGAGAUCUGUAAAAGGCAGAGCUAGCCCAUUUUUCAAAAGCUAAAUGACUUGUUUUUCACUCUUUAGCUCCUUUUUCAUUUGACUUCUCCUGAAGUACUUGGUAGACUCUCCAGAAAGGCACUCUGAGAUCCGUAUUUAGUCAGCCAUUCUAAUUUUUUUUUAAAGGAUUGUGAUAUUGAUAAAUGGCAGUAAGCAAGUAUUAUAAUUAGUGUAAUAAGAUGAUCUGGAUUUGUCUUUUUUUUAACUUAAUGUAGUUGCACAAUUGCACUUUACUGGAGAUGGUAAUAACAUAAAUUAGAUACUUCUAUUUCAAGAAAAAGAAUGACUUUCUGUACUUUAUUGAUGAUCUUGAAUAAAAACAUUUGAGAACCUUAAUGGCAUACCUUAGAUUUUUAGAAAUUACACAUUAGCGGAGUAUUUAGCAGACCCAAUCUUCUGAGACUUAGGCUCCUUUAGUUGUAAUUUGGAUAGGUUCAAAAGAAGUUCUUUUAACUCUUAAACUUCUUUGCAUAAUGUUACCGCUUGUUAUGAUAUUCUGGAUAAGCAUCUAUUUUGUUUAUCAAGUAUUGUUUUCUUUCAACUUUGUGUGUGUGUGUGUGCAGAUGUUUGUGGAUUCUUCUGUGGGAUCAGAGGGCACGCCUAUUGUAAUCAGAGAACUCCAAGUAUAGCAGCAGGGAUGGAUGAACAGGCUCUUUUAGGGCUAAAUCCAAAUGCUGAUUCAGACUUCAGGCAAAGGGCCCUGGCCUAUUUUGAGCAGUUAAAGAUUUCCCCAGAUGCCUGGCAGGUGUGUGCAGAAGCUCUGGCCCAGAGGACGUACAGUGAUGAUCACAUUAAAUUUUUCUGCUUUCAAGUACUAGAACAUCAAGUUAAAUACAAAUAUUCAGAACUAACUACUGUUCAACAACAGCUGAUUAGGGAGACUCUCAUAUCUUGGCUUCAAGCUCAGAUGCUGAAUCCCCAACCAGAGAAGACCUUUAUACGAAAUAAAGCAGCCCAAGUCUUCGCCUUGCUUUUUGUUACAGAAUAUCUCACUAAAUGGCCCAAGUUUUUUUUUGACAUUCUCUCAGUAGUGGACCUAAAUCCAAGGGGAGUAGAUCUGUACCUCCGAAUUCUCAUGGCUAUUGAUUCAGAGUUGGUGGAUCGUGAUGUGGUGCAUACAUCAGAGGAGGCUCGUAGGAAUACUCUCAUAAAAGAUACCAUGAGGGAACAGUGCAUUCCAAACUUGGUGGAAUCAUGGUACCAAAUCCUGCAAAACUAUCAGUAUACUAAUUCAGAAGUAACAUGUCAGUGCCUUGAAGUAGUUGGGGCUUAUGUCUCUUGGAUAGACUUAUCCCUUAUAGCCAAUGAUAGGUUUAUAAAUAUGCUGCUAGGUCAUAUGUCAAUAGAAGUUCUACGGGAAGAAGCAUGUGAUUGUUUAUUUGAAAUUGUAAAUAAAGGAAUGGAUCCUGUUGAUAAAAUGAAACUAGUAGAAUCUUUGUGUCGAGUAUUACAGUCUGCUGGGUUUUUCAGCAUUGACCAGGAAGAAGAUGUUGACUUCCUGGCCAGAUUUUCUAAACUGGUAAAUGGAAUGGGACAGUCAUUGAUAGUUAGCUGGACUAAAUUAAUUAAGAAUGGGGAUAUCAAGAAUGCUCAAGAGGCACUACAAGCUAUUGAAACAAAGGUGGCACUGAUGUUGCAGCUCCUAGUUCAUGAGGAUGAUGACAUCUCUUCUAACAUUAUUGGAUUUUGUUAUGAUUAUCUUCAUAUUUUGAAACAGCUUACAGUGCUCUCUGAUCAGCAAAAAGCUAAUGUAGAGGCAAUCAUGUUGGCCGUUAUGAAAAAAUUAACCUAUGAUGAAGAAUAUAACUUUGAAAAUGAGGGUGAAGACGAAGCCAUGUUUGUAGAAUACAGAAAACAACUGAAGUUAUUGUUGGACAGGCUUGCUCAAGUUUCACCCGAGUUACUGCUGGCUUCUGUUCGCAGAGUUUUUAGUUCUACCCUGCAGAAUUGGCAGACUACAAGGUUUAUGGAAGUUGAAGUGGCAAUAAGAUUGCUGUAUAUGUUGGCAGAAGCUCUUCCAGUAUCUCAUGGUGCUCACUUCUCAGGUGAUGUUUCAAAAGCUAGUGCUUUGCAGGAUAUGAUGCGAACUUUGGUAACAUCAGGAGUUAGUUCCUACCAGCACACAUCUGUGACAUUGGAGUUCUUCGAAACUGUUGUUAGAUAUGAAAAGUUUUUCACAGUUGAACCUCAACACAUUCCAUGUGUACUAAUGGCUUUCUUAGAUCACAGGGGUCUGCGGCACUCUAGUGCAAAAGUACGGAGCAGAACUGCUUACCUGUUUUCUAGAUUUGUCAAAUCUCUGAAUAAACAAAUGAAUCCUUUCAUUGAGGAUAUUCUGAAUAGAAUACAAGAUUUAUUAGAACUUUCUCCACCUGAGAAUGGUUACCAGUCUUUGUUGAGCAGCGAUGAUCAAUUAUUUAUCUAUGAGACAGCUGGAGUGCUGAUUGUUAAUAGUGAGUACCCAGCAGAACGGAAGCAGGCAUUAAUGAGGAAUCUGUUGACUCCACUCAUGGAGAAGUUUAAAAUUCUGUUAGAAAAAUUGAUGCUGGCGCAGGACGAAGAAAGGCAGGCAUCUCUUGCAGACUGUCUCAACCACGCUGUUGGAUUUGCCAGUCGAACCAGCAAAGCUUUCAGCAACAAGCAGACUGUGAAACAGUGUGGCUGUUCCGAAGUUUAUCUGGACUGUUUACAGACGUUCUUGCCAGCCCUCAGUUGUCCCUUACAAAAGGAUAUUCUUAGAAGUGGGGUUCGCACGUUCCUUCAUCGCAUGAUUAUUUGCCUGGAGGAAGAAGUCCUUCCGUUCAUUCCAUCUGCUUCAGAACACAUGCUCAAAGAUUGUGAAGCAAAAGACCUCCAGGAAUUCAUUCCUCUUAUCAACCAGAUUACAGCCAAAUUUAAGAUACAGGUAUCCCCAUUUUUACAACAAAUGUUUAUGCCUCUUCUUCAUGCAAUUUUUGAAGUUUUGCUCCGACCAGCAGAAGAAAACGACCAGUCUGCUGCUUUAGAGAAGCAGAUGUUGCGCAGGAGUUACUUUGCUUUCCUGCAAACAGUCACAGGCAGUGGAAUGAGCGAAGUCAUAGCAAAUCAAGGUGCAGAGAAUGUAGAACGAGUGUUGGUAACUGUUAUUCAAGGAGCAGUCGAAUAUCCAGAUCCAAUUGCCCAGAAAACGUGUUUUAUCAUCCUUUCCAAGUUGGUAGAACUCUGGGGAGGUAAAGACGGACCAGUGGGAUUUGCUGAUUUUGUUUAUAAGCACAUUGUCCCCGCAUGCUUCUUAGCACCUUUAAAACAAACCUUUGACCUGGCAGAUGCACAAACAGUAUUGGCUUUAUCUGAGUGUGCAGUGACGCUGAAAACAAUUCAUCUCAAACGGGGCCCAGAAUGUGUUCAGUAUCUUCAACAAGAAUACCUGCCUUCCUUGCAAGUAGCUCCAGAGAUAAUUCAGGAGUUUUGCCAAGCGCUUCAGCAGCCUGAUGCUAAAGUUUUUAAAAACUACUUAAAGGUGUUUUUCCAGAGAGCAAAGCCCUAAGGACUGGAUCUCCCUGUGCCUACUUCAUGAUCAGGAAUUCCAGUUAAUAAUUUAUAAAGAAACAAUUGUUGUGUGCCAUUCACACUGGUCUUUUUAACACUGCUUUGAGCUUAUUGCAGUAUAUGCAUUGGGAUUUUUCUGUAAAAUGGGUGUAAUUUUCCCUAAAUUACUGGUAUGUGACAACUAGAGAAGUUGCUUGCAUGCCAAUUCAAAUCGCUCUAUAUAAAAAUGCUGUUAUAAGAUACAGCAGUUAUCCUAGUACCUUUUUUUUUUAACUUGAAAAUUUAAGUCCUUUAUAAAGACCAUAGCAGGAAAACAGUGUACUUUUUUUUUAAUUGCUGAAUAUAAAAUGUUUGAAAAUUUUAAUUUUAUGUGUGCAGACUCAUCAAAUAUGGGGGAAAUACAACAAAUCAAAACUAAUUUUUUGUAGAUAGCCAUUACAUUUCUUUAAACCGUUUCAAUGCCAAUGUGUAUUCUACAAAAGAGAAUGGUUUCAUAAAUUAACUGAUUGAAGAGUAGGUGCUGGUGUUAUACAUUUUUUAUAAAAAAAAAAAAGGAAAUAAAUUUUACGUAGUGAAA